AUGGCUUCGUCGGGUCGAAAUACAGGCGCCUCGGCUCGCAACGAAAGCCAAUAUUCAGCCGCAACUCGAGGCAGACGCCCGAAUGGCAAUGCCAUCAUUGAAAACCCUCUAGUCCAUCUCACGGACGAAGAAUUGCAAAGGGAUGUUCGGUCCUUUGUCGAAAACCAUCUGCCAUCCGUCGAGUACGAGAACCUUCUACGUGCCGCUCGAGUUGCAAAAGACAUUCGUGUAUAUGAUGAGGUCGCAAGAAAAAAGGGUUUCCAUUUUGAGUCCGGUCUGCCGGUACAGUUGACGAUGGAGGAGAAACGUGCUUUGACUCGAGAAAGAGACGUUCCUUUCAGUGAGAAGGGCAUGCGAAUUGUUAUCCUCACAGUCUCCAUUGCCGCCCUACUACAAGGCUUUGUUCAAUCGUCUUUCAACGGCGCUUCUCUAUAUAAAGAAGAAUGGGGGCUCCACGAACACAUCAAACCCUCCAGUUCGGAUAAUUGGAAGUUUGGAGCCACCAAUGCAGUACCGUUCUUUGUUGCCGCAUUGGUUGGCUGCCCUCUCUCGCUGCCAAUCAAUUAUUGGUUCGGCAGACGUGGAGGUAUCUGCGUCGCUGCGUUCCUCAUUUUGGCAGGUUCCGUUGGUGCAGCUUUUGCAAAGACCUGGUACCAACUAUUCGGAAUCCGGAUCAUCAAUGGCAUCGGAAUGGGAAUCAAGGCUGUCAGUACGCCAAUUCUUGCUGGAGAAACUGCUGUCGGAUUCUGGCGUGGAUCUGCCAUUCUGGCUUGGCAAUUAUGGGUCGCAUUCGGUAUCAUGCUCGGCUUUGCUUUCAACCUCAUCUUCACAAGAGCUCAGUCGAACGAGACGACACUAGCACUCAUUAAUGCAUCACCUACAGUGCCGAGUCUAGCACUCUUCAUAAUUACCAUGUUCUUCUGCCCGGAGUCCCCUCGUUUUCAUCUGAUAAAGGGACCCAACUACGACGUUCAAAAAGCAUAUACGUGCAUGACGAGGAUCCGAAAUACAGAGCUCCAAGCAUUACGGGACAUAUAUCUGGUGUAUAAAUCGCUCGAGCAACAAGCUAUGGGAUUGGGAGACCUGGACGAGCAUGCCUUUCGAUCCCCGGGAUUCAUAUGGGUUAUGCGAGACUUUUUGAGACAAUACAUGCAGCUAUUCCAACAGAGGCGCCUGUAUAAUGCUCUCAUCUCUACUUCGACAGUCAACCUAGCCCAGCAACUCUGUGGAAUCAAUGUUCUGGCUUUUUAUUCAGACUUAACUCCAAGCUCAUGGGAAUUAGGAACCCUCUUCGCCGGUGCCAGUAGCAAAGAUGAACAACACUCGAAAAUUAUCCCAAUGGCAUACAGCCUAGGCUUUGGGGCAAUCAAUUUUCUGUGCGGACUGCCUGCUGUGAGAAGUAUUGAUACGCUUGGUCGGCGAAAGUGGCUUUUAGGAACGUUGCCUUUCACGGCCUUGUUCAUGCUCGCUGCCGCUUUAUCGUGCACUAUUUCGACUGAGAGUAUCAGAAUAGGGGUUGCUGCCUUCUUCUUAUAUGCUUCUUGGGCUAUUGCAAUCAACUUGGGCUUUGCCGGCAUCUUAUCUAUCGUCUACCCCAGUGUGAAUGCAGGUCUAAAAGCAAUCGGAGCCUUGGGCCUCUUCUCUGGUCUCAAUAUCGUGGCUCUAGUCAUGGUCUUCUUACUGGUAGAAGAGACAAAGCGUCACACCCUCGAAGAGUUGGACCACAUCUUUGCAGUUUCCAAAAGAAAGUUUAUGCGUUACCAGCUAUUCGAAUAUCUACCGUGGCUUAUCCAACGAUACAUCCUCGGAAGCUCAAAGCCCAGACCAGAGCUCUAUGAGGACUUGAUAUGGGGCCCGAUGGAAGGCGAAGAUCUGGCGCCGUUUCGAGCUGCCCAUUUCAUAGAGGGCGAUACUCAGCUAUCAAUUCCAAUUCCGGAGCCAGUAGAAUUGGGUCAAGGUCAAGGCCGAGUGAGUGAUUUUUCUCAGGAGGAGUUGCGGUUUGGGGUAUACCAGCCGAGAGCAAGCCAAUCUGCAACAGAUCAGAGUUAUGCUCAGGGUAUGCAGGCAACAAACAAUGAAGGACCGGUAGGUAUUGGUUAUUGA